AUGUAUUCCUUAUCCUUCCCUAGUGUCAAUGACCCUAGCAAUAUGUCAAUCGUAAAAGAAACGGUGGAUAGACUGUUGAAAGGAUAUGACAUUCGCUUGAGGCCAGAUUUCGGAGGUAAUUUAAUUAAUUUAAUACAAACUCUAAUUUACUUUGCUAUUGUCAGCCCUAUAACACUCAGUUGUUGCUCUAAUUGGGUGGAUCGUCCAAAUCCCUCGUUUUGUUUUUUAAAGUUAAACGCACAUAGCCCACCCUUCAGUUUGUCCAGGUAGCCUAUAGAUAAAUCGUGCCACCUCGUUCCACGUGUGCAAACCACUUUAUAACACAAUACUAGAAGGGUAUUUCAAAUUGUAGGCUCAAUCAAUGAUACACCUUUUGACUGUAGUGGAACGAGAUAAUCAAUUCCCCAACCCAUUGUUAUGUUGGCCAUUGGUGUCUACUUUACAAACGGUGUAAAACCAUUUACAUUUAGCUGGGCGCUCAUACAAGCUGUCGACAUACGUAUAUAAUUUCAAUUUAUUCCGAAGCAUUUAGACGAAAUGAACACCAUGCACUGUGUUUUGCGAAUAAACAUCAGAGACACCGUCGCACCUGCUUUUCGAAAUCCCAUAUUGUAUCGUGUUAUCUGGCUGACAAUAAGUUAAUGAAUGAUUGCUCUUGUGCUGCUUGUAGGCAGUUGCAAUUCAAAGGUUUACAUUUGUGGUUUAUGAUAUAUAUUAAUGUUAUAAACCAAAAAUCAUGAAAUGGUUAACAUUACGGUCCGUUUUGUUGGUUUGUUCUAGGUCCCCCUGUGGGAGUGGGGAUGAACAUAGACAUAGCCAGUAUAGACAUGGUAUCUGAAGUCAAUAUGGUAAGUACUCGAUUAUCACCCUCCUAAUGGUUUGUGGGCAUUGCCCUGAUAUUCCAUGCAUUGUCUCUCCUAAAGGAGCCCCCAGUGCACUGCAAGGAAUAG